UUCCACUUUCUACUUUGACUGUAGCCAUUCACGCUUGUUCCUCUGUUCUUGGUCCUCUCUCACCUCACCUGCUUCUCUCUUUUCAGUCUUCUUCCCUGUCUCUGCCUAACUUUUCGGUUUUGGGAUUCAGCUCCAAUCUUCAUAUCUUCUCUUUUUCUCUCUAUCUUGGUGCUAAAUAGGUUUGGGUGAAGGAGUAGAGGUGACUUUUUCUUUGUGGGUAAGGAUAGAACAGCAUGCGGUGGUGGCGUAGUCUAUCUGUUGAUGUAUUCCGCAAAGGGAUUUCCUUGAAUCUGUAUUGCAAAGUGAUUCUGUAAUUUGAGUCGUCUGAUCUAAACUUUCACAUCUUCUAUUGCUUAAUUUCCAUGGGAUCUAGUUUCUUUGUUAUUCUUCCUUGCUUCGUCCGUCAGAUCAGCUGAAGGAUAGUGAUUUUUUCUUUAAAAAAAAAAAAUCAUAUUUUUCUCCAAAAAAAAUCUAUUAAGAUUAUUUGUCCUUAGCAAGAUUGUGGUUCUUGUAUUUUUAAUUGAAGAGGGUUGGGAAGUAGUUAUGGUGUGCCAAGCAGCUGGUCAAACGAGAUUUCGGGCAUUGAAACAUGAGAAUGGAACAGCAGGGUGCUCCACCAUUAUAGUUAGGGUUAUAGCAUGCUUUCAACCUCUCAGAGAAUGCCAGGCUGAAUAUUUUCGUCAGUUGCUCAAGCCUGUAACGUAAUUGUUUUGCCUUGCUCUGUUUGGGUGGUUUAAUCUGGUGAUUUUAGUUGUUUUCCUUGUUCGUGAAAGAAACCUUUUGUAACGGAUAGUUCUUGGGUUGAAGACGUUUUUCUUCAGGUGAUUGUUCUGAUUAAAUGGGAAAAGAUUGUGGAACCUGGAUACCACAUCUGCAAUUUGGAUGGCAAUCACCCAAUUCGAGACCCCCUGAUAUGGGGAAGCAAGAUGGUAUUUCUGCAGUUAUAAACCGUGGCAUCAAUAUGGUCUCAAGCAAUGAGACAAUGCCAGCUUUGGCUUCUUCUGCACUACCUCAUUCGCAUUUAGGGCAUUUUAAUGAACCCCUUGGUUGGUUUCGGCACGGAUUUGCUCCUGUUCCUAGCUUCACAGCUGAGGGAAAACCCCUUGCUGAUCACGUGAAAGGUUUUAUGGACAAAAUUGCUCCCUAUGGUGAAUCAGGCUCCCCUCAGAAGCAGUUUCUUGUUAUUGACCAGGCUUGUGGUCAAACUACUAUCUAUAGUUCUAGGUUCGGGAGUCCUGAUGAGUGCCUUGCUUCUUUGCAUUCAAAAAUGCAUGGUGCUAACUAUUUGAGUGGGAAUGAACCUUCUUUUGGAAGAGAUUUGAAUUUGAAUCAUGUGACUGGGCCAAUUUUGGCUGAUAAAGUAGAUGAGAAUCAGGGGACUGGCAUUGAAAGCGAGAUGCAUGAAGACACAGAAGAAAUUAAUGCAUUGCUUUACUCGGACAGUGAUGGCUAUGCCACUGAGGAUGAUGAUGAUGAAGUUACUAGCACAGGGCAUUCUCCCAGUACAAUGACCACUCAUGAUAACCAUGGCCCCUUUAAGGGAAUUGCAGAAGAAGUUGCAAGCUCUGCUGGGAAAAACAAGAAGAGGAAGCUAUUGGAUGGUUAUUAUGAUGACAUACAAUUCAUGGAUACUGCCAGUUCUCUGAAUCUUAACAAGACCUUUGCCAUGGGAGAUGAUGCAGAAUCAAGAUGUUCUGGCGGCAACAAUGAAGGAUUUGGUGAAAUGGGUUCCAUGUCCGGCAAUAAGAAGAUGAGAAAGGAGAAGAUACGAGAUGUUCUGAGCAUUCUGCAAAGCAUAAUUCCUGGCGGGAAGGAUAAGGACCCAGUGAUGCUUCUCGAUGAUGCCAUACAUUGCUUGAAAUCCUUGAAACUCAAGGCUAAAGCGCUCGGACUUGAUGCCUUUUAAGUUGGAGGAUUCUUAGCCCGACAUGUCUAAGUAGUACUUUAUAUUUUAAGUUAUGGCCUGUUGCUGGUUGUUCAAGGAUUCUGCAGAAUAAACAAGGUAAUGGUUGUGUUAGGGGGAUUCAGCAAAAGUAGGUGUGAAAUCCUUGUAUAGUUGUCUGAAGUCCUUCCUCAGUGAUUUGACUUGGAACUUGGGAGAUAAGAUGCUGGUGUCGGUGUAUUUCAUGUGUAGUAGUUUGUAACAGGGAGCUAUUCAGUGUAUUAAGUGCAAUAAUGGAAAUGUGAAUCAUUAGUCCAUGUCUUAGGACUAUGGAAAAAAUAGCACUCAUCCCAAAGCAUGGGAUGAGCUAUUUUGAGUGAGAAUUAUGAUUAUUCCAGAUAAGGACCCCAAAAAUGAGUACACGCUUCUCAGCUGGUAUGGGGCCCAAUCUUACUUCUCCUUUUUGUAUCCUUGUCAUGUUUGAUCCUUUGCGGGUUACCCUUUUCUCAGAUGAACAAAAUUUUCACUAGCUGUGAGAGAUUGAGGUAACUGGAAGGGGGCCCCCGGACUUACUCAUGCACAAUUUUCCACUUGAUGGUACAGUAAUGUAAUGUAGCUCGCUUAUGGGAAACAGAUAUUUGUGUUUAGUUCAGUGCCCUAUUAAAUUUAUGGGUUUGUGUUGUUGUGUGUAUCGUAAUUGGUGUGUAAAGAGGAUUUCUCUUUGGUUGGAUGUUAUUCAAUAUGGAUGUUGUUACUGUUGUCUUUUUGCUUAUGUAUUUACGUCGCAUGCCCGCAUUUAUGAUAUGUGAAAG